AUGAGAUGUUUUGAUGAAGUAGAUGAAACAAAUGAAGAGAAUGAAGAUGAAGGGGAUGAAGAGGAGGAUAGAAAUGAAGAGGAAGAUGAAGAGGAGAAUGAAAAGGAUGAGAAAAGAGAAAAUAAUAAAGACAAAAAUGAAUAG